GAUGCUUAAUGCUUUAAUCAGAAAAAUUCUUAUCCGCUCCGCGAAUAAGACCCUUAGAUUAUUAUUCAGGCCAGGGCUCCCCGGCGGUAUCCACUCCAAGAGAGAUGGAGAAGUGUUACAAAGGCCAUGUCCUCUUACUUCCAUAUCCAGGCCAAGGUCACAUCAACCCUAUGCUUCACUUCUCUCGCCGCUUAAUCUCCAAAGGCCUCAAAGUCACCUUACUCAAUUCCAUUUUCAUUUCAAACACCAUGCACUUCGGUUCCUCCAUCGGCUCCGUUCACCUUGACGUCAUCUCCGACGGUUUCGACAUCGGUGGCUUUGCAGAAUCUGCCAGUAUCGACGACUAUCUUUCCCGACUAAAAGCUGCCGGUUCAAGAACUCUAUCAGAUCUUAUCAAGAAAUACAGGGAGUCUUCCGACCCAGUUGACUGUGUAAUUUAUGAGCCUUUCUUGCCUUGGGCUUUGGACGUGGCCAAAGAACAUGGUCUGUUUGCUGCUGCGUUUUUUACUCAACCGUGUGCGGUUGAUUUUAUUUACUAUAAUAUUCAUCAUAAGCUGUUGAAGUUGCCGGUUUCUUCCACGCCGGUGUCGAUUUCUGGGUUACCGUUGCUUGAGCUUAGGGACUUGCCGUCAUUUCUUAAUGUUCCUGCAUCAUAUCCGGCUUACUUUGAGAUGGUGUUGAAUCAAUUUUCAAAUACAGAGAAAGCUGAUUAUAUUCUUAUCAACACAUUCUACAAACUAGAGAAAGAGGUGGUGGAUGCAAUGUCAAAAGUUUGUCCAGUGCUGACAAUUGGGCCAACAGUUCCAUCAAAAUACUUAGACAAAAGGAUUCAAAAUGAUGAUGAAUAUGGUCUAGAUCUCUACACAUUAGAUGCCUCCAUUUCCCUCAACUGGCUCACCACCAAGCCACCAAGGUCAGUUAUAUAUGUAGCCUUUGGAAGCAUGGCUGAUCUAAGCAACAAGCAAAUGGAAGAGCUUGCAUGGGGUUUACAAACAAGCAAUUUUAACUUCUUGUGGGUUGUUAGGGUUUCUGAGCAACCAAAACUUCCAAAAAGCUUCCUGCAAUAUUUGGGUGACAAAGGCUUGAUAGUGAACUGGAGUCCUCAGGUGAAGCUUCUGCAAGAUGAAGCUAUUGGCUGUUUUUUUAGCCAUUGUGGUUGGAAUUCAACCAUUGAAGCCUUGAGCUUGGGUGUGCCAAUGGUGGGAAUGCCUCAGUGGACUGACCAGCCACCCAAUGCUAAACUUGUUGAAGAUGUGUGGAAGGUGGGAGUUAGAGUGAAGGUUAAUGAAGAGGGGAUUGUGAGUAGAGAAGAAAUUAAGAAUUGUAUAAGAGAAGUAAUGGAGGGAGAGAGGAGUAGAGAGAUUAGAGGAAAUUGUGAAAAAUGGAAGGAAUUGGCUAUUGAGGCUAUUAGUGAAGGUGGAACUUCUGAUAAAAAUAUUGAUGAAUUUGUGUCUAAAUUAAUUAGCUCUAAAUGUAUUUGAAUUAAAAAGAGAACAUUGGGUAAAAAAUAAAACUUAAAGAGUAUUGUUUGCCUAUGUAAUUUUCUUUUUACUUAAUGUGUAAAUUAUAAUUUGGUUUGCUUAUAAAUAAAAAGGUAAUUUCAUUUUA